CAAUCCUCAAUUUGUGCUAGACGCGAACAGUCAUCCUGGAACGAUGGACGACGACGAAGUGCUGUUUGAUGCGCUCGAAGUGCCGCCUGCCGCGACAGAAACAAGCAACAAAGUAUGCGGCAACGAAGAAAGGUCUCCAGUCCACGAGAUUUCGCGGAGAAGGGAUGCCCACGUCCCGGCUACGAGUGUCGAGGAGCUAACUGAGAUCGUUGGGCAUCUCAGAGCAACGAUCGCGUCGCACAAUGCUGGCCGCGUGGAAGCGGCGGCGCAGAAUACCAUGCUUCAAAAGCAACUGGAGCAUCAAUGGUCUGUGGUCAAGCACCUCAAGCAAAUGCUCAAAAACAUCAGCGACAAGUACACAGCAACGCAAGUGGACAACCGAGUACUGAAGACACAAUGCCGGGACAAGCAGCAACGAUGCGACAUGCUUGGCGAAGAAGUUUACCGACUGACAGAAGAAAUCGGGAAACUGCGAAAGCUUGCCGGUGCAGUAGACGAUCUCGAGUCGCGAUAUGCGUCACUCGAGAGAAACUAUCAGCAAGCCGUUGCGGAUAGCGAGGAAUGGAAGCAAAAAGCGAACCAUCUCGUGGGUGUGGCAGACGAGAACGCUGAACUGCGACAAAACAUCGUCGCGACAACGCAGGAACACACAAUUGCAUGCAAGCGAGCGCACCACAUCAUCAAGGAGCUUCGAUUGGCGCUGCGGCAAGCCCAAGAUGCAAAUGACAAACGGGCACUUUCUCUUCCUGCGCCUCCGGCAGCCUCGUCGAUCCCCUUCACGAAACACCACUUUGCAUCAGACGCAGCACACUGUGACGAUUCGAUGGACGGGUUUCUCCAAGCCAUGUCAUCACGUCUCGAACACCUCUUGACUCAGAACGCGCAUUUGGCUGAGCAAGUUCAGGUUUCAGAGAAGCGCGUCCACUUGUUGGCCGCCGACUUGGAACGAAAACGCCUCAUGAUUCAGCAACUCACGCUGCACUUGGUCGUGACACCCGACGAGCAGGAAGAUGUUGUGGCGAGUGCGUUAGCGACUGCCGCCGCGUUGGAGGUCACUGCGUCCUCUGAGACACUUCUUUAUGUGACGAUCAAGGAGAACUUGCUGUUAAAGAAGCGGUUGGGGAGUGCGGCGCCGUUUGCCCUGUCGUGGAAAGAGCCUGCCUGCACAUCGUUCUACCGUAUACUGUGA